AUGUCACUCGAAAGCUGGGCUAUUGAUAAACUAAGCGUAUUCUUGGGAUUCGAUCCUGAGACCUUGCAGACACAGAUACUGCCCUAUCUAAUGACCAGCGACUCUUCACAAGCCUUUGCUGAUCAACUUUUGGAAAUGGUUGGCACCAGCGAUGAGGCAUUGGCUUUCAUACAAGAGUUUACAGAACGUCGCUUUCACCCCAAGCAAGCACCCGCAGAACAGAGCAGAGCAUUUCCAAAGCCAAAGCCAAAGCCAAAGCCUACAGCUUCCGCCUCUGUUAAUGCAACUGCUUCCCCAUCGUCAUCUAGCACCGUCUCUUCAAUUCCAAACACUCAGUCAGAGGGUGUUUUUCCAGCUCUACCUUCUCAUCAGCAACCAUAUGAGACAAUGUGGCCAGCCAACAUUAGUGUGCAUCAAAAGAAGGAAGACGAAUACUUUGCAGGACUACGCAAGAACAAAAAAUCAAAGAACAACAAAUCACAAACCAACGAACUUCGAGCAGCAGCUUUUCCAUCUGAAAACAAGCAGACAUCCAUUACGAAUGCUUCAGCGAAAAAGGAGAAAAAGCCCAGCAAGAAAGAAAUGACGUUGGAGGCAGCAUUGAAAGAACUAGACAUCAAGGCGGAAACACCUGGAAAAAAGAGAAAACCUUGCCAAUGUCAAGCGACAAAACAUCCCUUGCUUACCGCAGCACCGAAUUGCUUGAAUUGCGGCAAAAUCAUCUGUACAGAGGAAGGUGUUGGACCAUGUUCCCUCUGUGAAUCGCCCGUGUUAUCCAAGGAACAGCAAGUGGCACUCAUUGCAGAAGCCAAAAGGAAACGAGCAGAACAGAAGCAAGCGCAAAAUCAGCCUGCCAAACGUGCGCCUGGCAGUGCCAACAGUGGUGGCAGAGCUGCUUAUGCGUCCAAGCUGGGUGGCGGCAACAUGAGCUCCUAUGGCUCACCUUAUCAAAGCAGUGAUGACGAUGAUAGCCGAUUGAAAGCAGAGCAGCACAAGGAGAAGCUACUAGAAUUUCAGAGAACCAGUGCACAGCGAAGCACUGUUAUUGAUCAAGCUACUGAUUUCGAGCUACCCACCGACCAGUCAAAUCCUUGGUUAACAUCACAGGAGAAGGCAUUGAUGCUCAAAAAGCAGCAAUCCAACUUGAGACGUAUAGAGAGAAAAGGGCAGAGUAACAGACACAAGGUCAUGACAAUCGAUGUGCAAACAAAGCAAGUCAAGGUACAAGAUGCGGAUUCCUCCUCGUCGUCUGAUGAUGAAGCCACACAGCCAGUAACAAAGAUGGAUUUGUCGAAAAAGAAGACCACCGAUGACAAUAGCUCUGCAGGAACUUAUGCUUACAAUCCACUGUUGAAGGGCAUUGAGGCUCCCAAAUUCGUAGGCAAGUCAACAAAGAAGACAAAGGGUCAACUGAGAAGAAAGGGGCGAGUGCAAUACGAUGUGGACGAUAUCAUGAAUGAUUAUAUGUUUGCUUCAAGUGUCGCUGAUGAUGAUGCCAUUGAUCCUGUCAACGAGCCCAUCACUUGUGGGCAAUAA